AUGGGCAAUUUAUUAGAGAAGCUAUACUUAUUUAUUUCAAAUUCUAAACUUGAAAAAUGUAUGGUUGGAUUGGAAAAUCUAGGAAAAACAACUAUGUUGAAUUAACUUUCUAUGGGGGAACCUUCAUUUACAGUACCUACAGUAAGAUUGAAUGUCCGGACUCUAAAAAAAGGAGGGGUGACUAUGAAUGUAUUUAUAAACAUCUAUAAAAUGAUUUGGAAUAUUGGAGGACAAGUUUAACAUAGACCAGAGAGGGGCAAUUAUGCUCAAGGGUGUGAUGCAAUAAUAUUUCUUUUUGAUACUUCAAAUUUAAACAUAAUAAUUAGAGAUAAAGCAAGCCUCUCUUGGAACAUCAAAGAAGGAAUUGCACAAUUUAUUAGAUAAUAAGUCGUUGCAUAAUAUUCCACUUUUAGUGAUUGGAAAUAAAAUUGAUGUAAAUCCACAUUUAUACGAGAAGUAUAUGAUAGAAGGUAAAGUUAUCAAUUAGAUUAAAAGGUCUAAAUUUGGAUUAUAUAACAUCUAAUGUUUGGGCAGUUGCAAUGGGUAGUGCUUCGAGUGGUAACUAUAUAACGUAAGUGGUCGAUUGGUUAAUAGAGAAGUCUAAGAAACUAUGA